AUGGAUGAGUCUGAGCGCAGCGCUCCAGGCCAGGUAACAAUCUACUCUAUCCAGGGGUGCCCACACUGUGUGCAGGCCAAGGCCACCCUCAGAAGUUUGAGCGUACCGCUACGUGUUGUGAAUGUUGACAGUCAAUCAGAGUUAAAGAUGAAGUUGAAGGAGCUGACCGGACGCAGCACUGUACCUCAAAUCUUUUUUAACAGCGUUCAUGUUGGGGGUAACGAUGACCUCUUAAAACUGUCUCCUGAGGAGCUUCAGAGGUUGGUGACUCUCGUCAAGGAGGAACCUUUUUCGAUGGAUGCUUUACCGUUGCCAGACAAAAAUCCAUCGGUGGAUACGAGCAGAGCAAUCGAUAGAGCUACCGAGCCGUCUUUACUUUUACGAGAAAUGAUUCUGAAGUUGUUUUCAGAGCAUCUCUCUGCUGAUGGCAAGUCUGUAGACUACACAGGGAUGUCUGUGAACCCUGCAUUUGAGCAUUACUGUGAGCUAGCCAUUCAGCUGCAAAGAGUAGAGCUGCUGUCACUGAGCCGGGAGGAGAAGCUGGCCUUCUUCAUCAACAUCUACAACGCCUUAGUCAUUCAUGGAUACCUACGGCUGGGGGCCCCCACCAACAUGUGGCAGAGAUACAGAUUCUUCAAUUAUGUGAGCUACUUUAUUGGAGGAGAGGUUUUCACAUUACAAGAUAUUGAAAACGGUGUCCUCAGAGGGAACAGAAAGGGUGUCGCACAGCUGCGAAGACCCUUCUCCAAUACAGACCCACGGCUUCAGGUGGCGCUUCCAGAUGCUGAGCCUCUCGUUCACUUCGCCUUGAACUGUGGCGCAAAGGGCUGCCCACCUAUCAAAGCAUACGCUCCAGAGGAUAUUGACAACCAGCUCCGCAGAGCAGCUGAAGCCUUCCUGGAGAAGGACGACGGCUGUGUGGUUGAUUCUGGGACAGGAGAAGUACGGCUCAGUCAGAUAUUCAAAUGGUACAAGGCUGACUUUGGAGGCACUGAUGAGAAGAUGCUGAAGUGGGUGCUGGAUCACAUGGAAGACUCUCCAAAGAAGAGCAGCUUGCAGGGCGUCCUCUCUGCUGGGAAGACUAAAGUCAGCUUCCUCCCUUAUGACUGGAGCUCCAACAGCUACCACAGAGCAUAA